ACGAAUAAAACGACAGCUAUAUCUCGGGAAAUAAAUAUCUUGUGUACCCUACCUCACCCACACACGCACACACCCACCCCUACACAUAACGUCUGCGUAAGACGUAGACAUCCAAAUGAAUUCGUCUACUCACACACAGACACGACGACGCACACAUGCAUCUUCUGUCGUGCAAUUGUGAACCCUAAGGAGAGGCACCCUCUGCAAUAUGCCGUACAUCACUGUUCCGGGGGAUAACCUCUAAAAUAUGUGAUUUGAUGCCUGUGAUGAUGUGAUACUCGUGAUACGUGUGAUAGUGAUAGUGAUAGUGUGUCAUUGAUAACUCGUGCCCUAGUCCGAGCGGGUGUUUCGCUGGUUACGGUUUUGUCUCCAAACCGGUCCGCGAGGAUGUGUUCAGAAUCGGUUCGUGGAACACUGACGGAAGGUUGAAGCUCUCCUUACACAGAAAUGAGUCACGGCGGCACCGACGACAGCAUGAGUGACGACGUGUUCGAGGAGGACACUCUGCGAGCCCCCGCUCAGCGGAGCACCCCCUCGCCCACAGGAUACAGGGACUACAGACCUGAUCGCCAGAGGUGCACCGUAGACGAUGACAUGCCCAUACAUAAGACCAUAUUGUUGGGUGACAGCGGCGUUGGCAAAACCUCGCUGCUAGUCCAGUUCGAGACGGGCAAGUUUCAGCCGGGUAACUUCUCGGCAACGGUCGGCAUUGGAUUUACGAAUAAGGUAGUAACAGUGGACGGAAUCAAAGUUAAACUUCAGAUCUGGGACACGGCAGGUCAAGAGCGCUUCCGCAGCGUCACACACGCUUAUUACAGAGACGCACAUGCUCUUCUCCUGCUAUACGACGUCACAAACAAAACCAGCUUCGACAACAUACGAGCCUGGCUCGGUGAGAUCCGAGAGUACGCUCAGGACGACGUCGUCAUCAUGUUGUUGGGUAACAAAUCGGAUAGCGGCCUGGAGCGGGCGGUGAGGCGGGAGGAGGGUCAGCGUCUCGCGAGGGAAUAUCAAGUAGCGUUUAUGGAGACAUCCGCCAAAACGGGUCUCAACGUGGAAGCGGCGUUCUCGCACGUGGCGCGAUCUCUUGUAGCUAAAGCGAACCCUGUAGACACAUCCCGCUUGGCGGUGCGCGCGCAGACUACUCAAGAACAUCGCUCGACCUGUCCGCAAUGCACUUAAAUUGACGUUGACAGUUGACAGAUGACAAAUGACAGAUGACAUUUGACGGUUGAUGUUUUUAAAUUAAGACGUCAGUUCGACGUGUAUAUACAUUGAAUAUUAAAUAUAUGUAAAUGCUAAUAAAUGUAUUGCUGCAAGCGUUUGUAAUAAUGAUUUAAAUAAAAUAUGAAUUAUAUUAAUUGUGUUAUAUUUAGAGGAUUAAUGACAAUCUCAUUAUUUCAAUGUAACAGCUAGAUACAGCUCGAAACAAGACAAGUGUAUAUUUAUCAGCUUUUUAUACAUAUACAUACGCUUUUGUAUGUUGAUAAUAAUAUGACGAAAAAAACAUUAACCUCGUUUUCUAGAUAUUAUUAAAUAAUAAAUGGAAAUAUUAUAAUAUAUACCAUUGCUUUAAACAUAACUAUGGGAAGUCUUUGGUGGGUUUGUUAAAAAAUGGUUAUUUUACAAAAAAAUUAAAUUUCAUAUAAAAAGUAAUUUAUACUAAUAUUGUACAUGAGAAAGGUCUGUCUUAGAAUUUCCGCGUCUAAAGGAACUUUAAUUAAAAUUUGUAUGAAGAUGGAUAAGAGCCGGGGGAGGGAUGGUAGGAGAACUUUUCAGAACUUUAAACCUUCAAAAGUCGCGGUCUGUGAAAGCUGGUUCAAUAUAAAAAUGUUGUUAUCCUGAAGCUUAAUUAUACUGAAUUUCGGAAAGCAGUACUUUAUUAUAAUAAUAAAAAAAAACCUUUUUUAUUUUAUUAUAUUUAUUUGCGUACAUUAUUGUAGGAUUUCAUCUGAAACAUAAAUGUAUGAGUGUAAUUAAUUUAAGGUGAGCUGCACAAAACUAUGUUUUAACAAGUCUGAGAGAUGCACAAUAUUUGUAAAUGUGUUCUAACAUAGAAACCUAAAUUGCGUAAUAAGGUUUUAUAGUAUUAGUAUAAGAUUCACAGCUAUUUAUCUUAUAUAUACAUAUCUUAUAAUGAAUUAUUAUAUACAUGGUGUUGUUUUAUUAAAUAAAAAUAUCUUAUUUUCUGUUGUCGCUACCUCACAUAAAAUGUAAUUGAAAUUUUUACCAUACACUUUUAACCGAUUACGUUAAAAAAUGUUAGUGUGAUACCGAUCUACAUAUGUAUGAUAUAUCUCGUUACUUCCUUGUCUGUUAAAAUAUAUCAGUCAUAUCUCCAAAUAUGUAAGUAUCUAAUAAUUUUAAAUUGUUGAUUUAAAUUGGGUAUAUACCUAUAUAAUGAAAUGAUCUCGAAGGUGAAAUAUAUAUGUAUACUAGGAAAGAAAGAAUCAAUGUUUUAUAAUUAUCAAAUAAUCGUUUAUUGUUGUGGUAUUGAAUGUUGCUUUCGCAGAAAUAAAAUGGUACCGAUA